GAUCUUCACUCCCCUUCCUUCUGUCCCGUUUACUUCUACCGCAGUACCACAGCAAUAUAACAAUAAAGUUAUUUUCUUUUAUGAACUUGUUUUACAGAUGGACUUCUACAACAGCUACAUGUUUUAUGGUGGAGUUGCGAUGGCUCUCGCGGAAGGAAGCAAUGGGUUGGACAAUCCUGCAUUUGAUUUUUUGUCUGACACUGCAGAUGGAUGAACAAAACAACGAUCAACUCAAAACAAAGACGGAUAAAAGUUGCAAGGUUCAUCGUACGACAGACAUGGACAAAAACAAACCAGCUUAUUGUGUAACGGACGUCCCUCCUUGGUAUCUUUGUAUUUUCCUGGCUGUUCAGCAUUACUUGACAGCUUUUAGUGGGAUCAUCUCCAUCCCUCUCAUUCUGUCAGAGGGUUUGUGUCUGCAGCACGACAGCCUGACCCAGAGUCUGCUCAUCAACAACAUCUUCUUUGUCUCUGGUAUCUGCACAGUCAUGCAGGUCAUCUUUGGUGUCAGGCUUCCCAUUCUACAAGGUGGCACUUUUGCCUUAGUGACUCCAGCCAUGGCCGUGUUGUCCACGCCACAGUGGAAGUGUCCUGCUUGGACCCAGAAUGCCACUUUGGUCAACACCUCCUCUCCUGUCUUCAUAGAAGAGUGGCAGACUCGUAUGAGAGUACUGCAGGGCUCCAUCAUGGUGGCCUCUGUCCUCCAAAUUCUUGUCGGCUUCUCAGGGUUUAUUGGCUUCCUCAUGCGCUUCAUUGGACCUUUAACCAUUGCCCCCACUGUCUCGCUCCUUGGUUUAUCCUUGUACACCUCAGCUGGAGACAAGGCUGGCAGCCACUGGGGGAUUUCUGCUAUGACCACAGCCCUGAUUAUCUUGUUCUCUCAGUACCUCCGUCUCAAUCCCCUCCCUGUUCCUGCGUACAGCAAAACCAAGAAACUGCACACCUCAAAGUUCUAUGUCUUCCAAAUAAUGCCAAUUCUGCUGGGCCUUGCUAUCUCGUGGCUAGUGUGCCACCUCCUUACCGUCUUUGAUGUCCUUCCGUCUGAUCCUGCUCAUUAUGGUUAUCUGGCUCGAACUGAUGUGAAGGGAGACGUUGUAAGUGAGGCCUCCUGGUUUCGACUGCCUUAUCCUGGUCAAUGGGGAACUCCAACUGUGAACCUUGCAGCUGUGGUUGGCCUUUUGGCUGGAAUAAUAUGCUCCAUGGCAGAAUCUGUGGGUGACUACCAUGCAUGUGCCAGGCUGGCUGGGGCCCCUCCUCCUCCAAAGCACGCCAUCAGUCGUGGAAUUGGCAUUGAAGGGAUCGGUUGUUUGUUAGCAGGAGCCUUUGGCACAGGCAAUGGCACCACCUCUUUCAGUGAGAACGUGGCAGCUCUAGGUAUCACCAAAGUGGGUAGUCGAGCUGUGAUUCUCUUGAGUGGACUUUUCAUGAUUUUAUUGGGGAUGUUGGGCAAAAUUGGAGCCAUCUUCACAACCAUCCCCACACCUGUCACUGGAGGGAUGUUUCUGAUCAUGUUUGGAGUCAUCGCUGCUGCAGGAAUUUCCAAUCUGCAGUUCACAGACAUGAACUCUUCUCGGAACAUCUUCGUGUUUGGGUUCUCCGUGUUUUCGGCACUUGCCAUUCCCGACUGGAUCACGAGGAACCCUGAGUUUCUAGAAACAGGUGUCAAAGAGGUGGACCAAGUGUUGCGUGUAUUGUUGACCACCCAUAUGUUUGUAGGAGGGUCCCUUGGCUUCUUCCUUGAUAACACAAUCCCUGGGACUAAACAGGAAUGCGGACUUCAAGCCUGGGAUAAAGCACCUCUUGAAGAUUCCCUGUCAUCUGAAGAGGUGUACGACCUCCCGUUUGGGAUAACUUCCUGCCUCCAAAACCAGUCCUGGGUUGGCUACAUCCCUUUUUGCCCAUGGAAACGUCCCACGUGUACGCUCAGUCCAGGAGAGCUGCCCCAGAGCCGAGGGAAUAAGUGCAGCACACGAUUCUAAACCGAGAAAAAUCUAGUUUUAGUUUCAAAAGGUCACAGACAUUUUAUAAGACUUUUUAUUAUUUUAUUUAUUACUGGUUGGUUGGUGUUAAAAUCAACGGAAGAAGAUUAAUUUGACUGUAAUCUGAACCCAGUUUUUGUCCUUUUAUAAAUAUGUUCAGUUUAUUAAAUAACAACAGCACUUCUGCUCUCUUA